GAUUGGUGGACAGGGACAGAUCAGAAAUCAGAAAUCAGAUGCAGAAUUUGGGACUUCACUUGCAGACUUGACAACAUUAUGGGUUUCUCAUCCAUUGUCGAAAUUAGUAUUUAGUAAUGUUUUAUAGUUUUACAAUUUAACUACAACUUAGAUUCUUUGCUCGGAAUAAUUUUGCAAUAUUCUAUGAUGGCCACUGCUAUUCAGAAGAAUGGGAUGAAGUCACUGCCAAACGGAGCUGUCAACCAUCUUGUAAUGGAACAUCAAUAUCUCAUAAAAGAAUCACAAGUUCAGCCACAGACAAAAACAGAAGACCAACAAAUGCAGAACGAAGCGUUGCAAACUCAUAAUGAAAGUGAAGUGAAUUGUGAGGAACAAGAACCUGAACCGGAAAUAGACAUUGUUAUAAACAACGUGGUGUGUAGCUUUAGUGUUCGGUGUCAUUUGAACCUUCGACAAAUAGCUCUUUCUGGUGUCAAUGUGGAGUAUAGGCGGGAGCACGGGAUGGUGACAAUGAAGCUACGCAAACCAUAUACUACAGCCUCUAUCUGGUCGUCCGGCAAGAUAACUUGUACAGGAGCGACCAGUGAGGACCAGUCUCACGUAGCGGCACGACGGUUCGCGCGGAGAUUGCAGAAGCUAGGCUUCAACACCAGAUUCGCCAACUUCCGCAUCGUCAAUGUCCUCGGCACGUGUUCUAUGCCGUUCGCUAUCAAGAUAAAUGCAUUUUCCGAGUACCACAAACCUCAAGCCGAAUACGAGCCUGAACUUCACCCAGGAGUUACGUUCAAGCUGAAACAGCCAAAAGCAACACUUAAAAUAUUUUCUACAGGGAGCAUAACUGUGACAGCACCUUCAGUGAGCGACGUACAGCAAGCUAUCGAGUACAUCUAUCCUCUAGUCUACCAGUUCCGCAAGGAGCGGACAAAAGAAGACGAGCUGCUGUUGCAGCAGAAACGUAUGCAGGGGCUGAAACGGAAAGCCGCAGCAGUUGCCGAGAGUGAAGACGAUACCGAGGGCAAUGAUGACAGCGACUGUGAAUAAACUGACUGACUUGAUUAGUUUAAUCGUUCGGUGCGUAAACCUAUAUUACAAAGUUACUAUAUUUAUUAGUUUUCCUACAAACAGACUAGUGUCUUAUCAAGUUUUGUUGUACCAAAGACUAAAGUGUGACAGGCAGGUUUGUUGGAACAAAGCAAUAAUUGGAUUAUUGAAUCGUCUCUAUUGGUUAAGUUGAGACUGUGGAUCCCUGUGUAUUUUUUUUAUUGUCACUUGUGUAAUUUAAAUUACUGGUUACAUUCGAUACAUGGAUAGCGUAUUUGGUUAUUAAUUCUAUGAAACAGCAAUAAACAAGGUGUUUUCAUAAGUAAUCAAUGUAUUUUACAUUUCAAGUUUAUUUGAAUAGAAUGAUAUCUUCAGUUUAAGUUGCCUUAGUGAUAGUAAUCCGUGAAUUAUAGUGAUUGACUCGGUGGCUUUGAGCCCACUUUAAUUUGUUGGUCUCUCUGUGUUGGAGAUCUAGUUUACUUCAAAUCUAUAUAAUAAUUCAACUCCAUUCUUUUUUUUUCUAUUUUCCAUCUUUUAUGCAUUUGGCUUUAAACUAAGAAUGACAAAAAAAAAUCUUUUUGAAAUAAUAGCACUGAUGCAUUACUAGAAAAAUAAUGAUGAGUAAAUCUAUUUUCUUCAAAAAUAAAACUUUGAUCUUCAAAAGAAGCCAAUUAUUGUAGUACCUAAUAUCUAAAUUUACAUUAAGUUUUACAUCAAUUUUUUGUCCCACCUUUACAUCCUAGGGCGCUAGGCUCAAGCCCGGUAUCAAUUUUCACAUUACUUCAGGCUAGGCCUUGAUGUUGCGGCAUUAUCAUUUAGAAAAAAUCCGCUGGUGAUUAGUGAGAUUUGAACCUGGGACCUCAGGGACUGAAGUCGCAAACUUAUAUCUAAACCAGCUCGCUACCCAAGUUUUGCCACAAUGAGAUCCACAGUUCUCACCAUGAACAAACAAGUGUGAUUCAGAUCACUUUGUUACAUUCUCCAACUGUCAAAUAUGAAAUUACAAUAUUGACUGUUAUAAGUCUUCAACAUUCUUUAACCCUGUUUUAGUUUAUGUUUGUAUUUUCCUAUUAUGUGUUUUAGCAACUUUUUUUAUUACUUUAGCGUUAUCUCACCGAAAAUAGGAGACUAGGUUAAGUUCUUUUAUUUAUUUAAUUACUGUCCUGUUUGUACAUUGUAUGGUUGACUGUUUCCGCUGUGAUGAUUGUGUUUUCAUGUCCAUAAUUAUGUGUAAACAGUUUUUCAUUGUUAUUUUAUGUGUUAGUCCGAUCAACAUAUUGAUAACAGUGCAACUUAUCAUUCUCAUUGACAUCAAUUUAAGAUCAUUAAACAUCUGAAUUUGAGGGAAUCUGUAAAGGAAAACUGCCCAUAGUUUUAGCUGUUUAUUUAAUUUUCAUUAAUAUUGAUUUGUCCAAGCACAACUAAUUGGUUCAGCUCAAAAGCUUAAAUUGUUUUUGUUACAGGAAAUAGUGUCUUUAACUUCUGUUUUUCAUAUUGUCAAUCUAUGUUUAGAAGUAGAUUGAAAAUAAUUAGAACCCUUUAAGGAAGUGGUAGGUAAUAUUUUGUAUGGUCCAAAAUGCAUAAUUUUUUGUUAGGAAAUUUAAAAAAAGGAAUAGAGUUCAGAUAGCUGACCUGAAAAAGUUCCAGGAGGUAAUGGAUAUAGGUACAAGAAAUGGUUACAUAACCUAACACUAAUAUUUUGUCCUAGAAUAGGUUGAAGGGGACUUUUUCCCCUGACCCAAACAUUUUGUGUUUAACUCAACUUCUAUUCAUUACUCUUUGUAACAAAAUGCCUUUCUUCUUUCUUUCCCUCUCAACAUGAUCAGAGUUAUUUGCUUGUUUUGGAGUCGACUAAGUUCACGAUUUACACUGGCAAAGUCAUAAUGUAAUACAAUGUAAAAGCUAUUGUUUAAAAAAAAUGUUACUGGUGUUUUAAAUACAAAUAUAUUUAUAUUUUUAACAAUGAACUGAUGUACAUUAUAACUGUUUAGUAUAUUUUUAGUGUUUAAUUUUCACUCGUUAUAUCACAUGAAAUUAUUGUAUUAAAUUGUUCGCUUAAAUACUUACUAUUGUUUUUCUCAUUUCUAGAAGGGUGUUUAUCAGUUGUAUGUUUUGUGGUUAGUGUUGAAUAUAAUUAUGAUAAAGACGUCAUUAAAAGAUUAUUGUUGUCUUCAGUAAUGUUCUGUAAUUUUUUGUGCAGAAUCGGUCUGUUUUACUCACAUAGUGCUGUAUUCUAACCAAUAAUUUUAACUAUGUGGAUAAGAUCCAAUAAGGAAAGUCUUAUACAACUUUGAAUAUCAAAAUAAAUGUUAUUAGCUGCACAAAUAAUUAUUUGUUGGAUAUAAUAGUCCAAUUUUUGGAGAUACAUUUUUCAUAGUUUUAAUGUAACCUCUAUGAUAAUUAAUAUUUUAAUCUUAAAGUUUAUUUUCCAAAAAGUGUUAUCGGCAUUUAACCAAAAAGUUUUCUAACAGGUUUGAACGGUGAGAGUUUUAAAAGUGUACUUUCAGUUUUAAUGAAUGAACAAUGCUUUCUUUAAAGUGGUUUUAGCUUUUAAAACCUAACACCGUGGUGUAGUUAGAGUUGUAAAUAUAUUUGAAUUAACGAACGAAGUGCUGUAAUUUCUGAAAAAGACUUACUGGUUAGAAAAAUAUCUCUAUUUUCUGUUUUCACAACGAUCCGAGAAAACUGAUGGUUACAUGCAUAUUACAAAAUCUAGGCUGACUUUGUCUUUGUGGAGAAAUGGUCAGUAUUAUUCAAGUAAUUGUCAAAAUAAAAUAAUAUAAAUAGCAUGGAAGCUAUUAUUUUGCCUCUUCAGUCACUAAACUGAAACCAUUAAAACUAUUUUUUCUUCAGAGAAUCAUGUUAAUUGUUGUGUAGUCUGCCUUUUCAACAACAAUGUAAUACAAUAUGAGCAGAUAUCUCCUGGUAGAAUCAAGAUGUAAACAAGCAGGUCAGAAAUAACCAAUACUUACUUACUGCCGUGGCUCUAUAAAUCACAGUUAAUUCUUCGCCGUGUGUACACACACUCUUCCACCCUUAUCUGUAUUCUACCAACUUGACAUUUGCACCUAUCGUCCUGAUGUCCAAUACUUGGUCAGUCCAUCUCAAUUUCGGCCUUCCUAAUGGACACUUACCAAUAAUAAUGAAUAAUUGAUCUUACACAGGGUGGCCACCGGACUCCUUGAAAAAAUGCACACUUUUUCCCGGCAGCAAAACCUGGUUUUCCUGAGCAAGAUUUUUGGUCGACAAGUGUAGCUUAUACUAAAGGUCUGUGUGGGAACUUCAUACUUUCAGUUCGUUCUGGGCCAUCUAUUUGUCUAAGGAAUCGGUACAGCCACAAAUAAUUAUCAGGCCAAGUGUUUUUGAAGAUAACAAAUUUACGAUUUUGCCGCAAUCGUGGGAGAUGAUGUUGACAACAGAACAUGUUCACGAUAUCACCACGACCGCAGACAAUGAUCACGGUUUCGCCUUGACCACAAAAAAUGUUCUAUGUUUUAUUGUAACUGUGGGAAGACGUUCUCAAUUUUGCCAUAACCGUGGAAGACAAAAUUGACGAUUUUGUAGCAAUUGUGGGAGAUGAUUAUUGUGUUGCUAUUACUGCAGACGAUGUUCUCGAUUUUGCCGUGGCUGUGGAAGGUGUUCACAAUUUUGCUGUGAUCGCAGAACGAGUUCUCGAUUUUGCCAUAACUGUAGAUGUUGUUAAGUUUUGACGUGACCUCGACGAUUUCACCAUGACUGCAGACUGAUAUCAGGUUGUGCAUAGUGAGUCGGUGGCUCAGUCGGUAGCGUCGCGGACUUCGGGCCCAAGGCAGCGAUGUCGUGGGUUCGGAUUCUGGUCACUGCCGAUAACAUUUUAUCAGUACAGUUCACCUUUGUACUGUACCGGCUCACUCCUUGCUUUGCUGUUAACGAUCCACGCACGGGCGCUUAGUCUAUGUGGACAGGCAAAUGCAAGGUUAAAAGAGGCCGCCAACCUCUUUUUUUAAAACUAAAACCUAAAUAGUUUUCAGGAUUUCUGAUCUGUGGCCCCCUGUUACACAGUAAGGGUGGUUAGUAUACAUCAGCCAUUUCAAAGUGUAGUAUAUCGAUUUGAUUGAAGUUCUAAAUAAUGUUUUGCUUUCAUCCCGUUUUGAUUUAUCAGUUUUGAAAUUGAACCCCCUUAAAAAAACUCCCUUUGACAUUAGCAGCUAAUUGUGAAAAGCCCAGCUUUCUAGAUUGCCUAUAAUAUGAUAAGUGACGUUCUCAUACUUACUGACAUCUGGGGAACAUAGGGGUAGAUUUUAAUUGAGUGUUGCACUUUUCUCAAGGUUCUAAAAUGAACCUUGCAAAAUUAUUGUCCUAAGUAUCUGCUUCUUGGUGAAUUAAAGUUUUGGAUCUUGUUUUUAUCUAACUUUCCCUAAAUUUCUUGUUUAAAGUAAAUUUAUGAAAAGACCUCAGUUGCACAGAUACUCUCUUGUUCCUCUAAAGGCUUACAGUUGAAAUAACUUUGUGUAUUGUAUUGUGUCAAAAAUGUCUAUAGCCUAACUAGUUCGUUAAUUCUAAUAUGUGAAUAUGGAAGGUACUGUCAAUAGUUAACAUACACGAUUUAACCCGUUAUAAAAACAACACAUAUUAUAAUAUUUUAUGAUCAAGUAAAAACGCUAUUGGAGACGAGUGUUUCGUCUCGUUUUGUUGAAGCAGUUUUAUUACUUGCAUGGUGACUGUAAAAGAGUACUUUUUG